CUCCAGGAUACACGAAAGGAGACUCUCAUGCAUGGGUUUGCAAACUAAGAAAAUCUAUUUAUGGACUUAAACAGGCCUCACGUUCGUGGUUUGACAGUUUCUCUUGCAAGAUUCAAGAAUGUGGUUUUCGGAGAUGUCCUCUAGAUCACUCUCUUUUCAUUUAUCGAAAGGAAAACAUAUUUACUUUACUUCUUAUAUAUGUUGAUGAUAUUGUUAUCACAGGCAAUUCAGAAAAACACAUAGAAGAAGCUAAAGUUUUGAUGAUGCAAAACUUCAAAAUGAAAGAGCUUGGUGAUUUACGAUUCUUUCUUGGAGUGGAGAUUGAUAGGCACAAUAAUCGCCUCACAUUGACACAACAGAAAUACACGUUGGAUCUGCUGAAAAAGUCAGGUAUGUCUGAUUGUAAGCCUGUUGGAACUCCUAGUGUUCUAAAUCAAAGACUAAGUGCUCAAGAUGGGGAGUUAUAUGAAGAUCCUACGCAGUAUCGAAGUAUUGUUGGGGCACUUCAAUAUCUUACAUUUACUAGACCAGAUAUUAUAUAUGCUGUGAAUCAAGUAUCUCAAUUUAUGCAUGCACCUAGAGAUACUCACAUGGAUGCUGUCAAAAGAAUAUUAAGAUAUCUUAAAGGGACAGUAGGAGAUGGCUUAGUUUAUGGUAAGAGUGAAAAUAUAACUACUGGACAUCAACUUAUGACAUUCACAGAUGCAGAUUGGGCUGGAGAUCCCGAUCAAAGAAAGUCCAUUUCUGGUUUUUGUAUUUUCAUUGGACGUAAUCUUGUGUCUUGGAGUUGUCGAAAGCAAAAGGCAGUAGCAAGAUCCAGCACUGAAGCUGAAUACAGAUGCAUGGCUGCAGGUACUGCUGAAGUUACAUGGGUUAGACAUUUGCUAGAAGACAUUGGAGAAAAUAUUAAAACAUCAAUGUUAAUGUGCGAUAAUCAAAGCGCUAUUAACAUUGCCUUUAAUCCCGUACAACAUGGUCGAACAAAGCACAUUGAGAUUGAUCAACACUUUGUUAGACAAAAGGUGGAAGACAAGGAGAUUCAGCCUAUUUAUGUUCGUACAGAUGAACAAGUUGCAGACUUAUUUACAAAAGGAUUAACAAAGGAACGAUUCUGGUUUCUAAAAGGCAAGUUGUACAUGGUGCAAAACCAUGCACAACUUGAGGGAGGGUGUUAAAAUAUAAAUCCUUCACCAGCACGUUGAAGAGGAGUCUCUUAGGAUUCCACCUCCUUGUAGAAUGUGUUAAGAUAUUUAAUGUCCUUGUAACAUGUGAAGAGUCUCCUAGGAUUCUAUGUUGUAGUUAAUAUCCUUGU